UUGGAGUCCGAGUCGCAGUCAACAAGGAUUGUUGAAGGCACGACCAACAAUUUAUUGCUGAUAGAGAAAUUAUUUCAGAUAACGAUACGGAUAUUUCAUCUGACGAUUAUAUGGAAGAUGACGAGCAGGAGGAAUGGAAAUUGAGCAUUUCAUUUUGUGCGAAGAAUGGAUGGAGAAAAUAAGACGAAUUGGAAGUGAUUCUCUAUUAUAUGUACGUGAAUAUAUGGAAGUAGAUUUAAUAGAGGAAGAGAACGAAGAGUUUCUUGCAGAUGCUUUCCUUUUCGCAGAGUCAAUAUCGUUGAAAAAAAGACACGGCUUGAAUGUUAAAACGAAAGGUUCUAUAAAGUAUACUCUUAAACAAGUUGAGAAACUCUUCAACAUAAUACUCGAAGAAGGAUUCACGACAAAAAGUGUAGCUUUAGCCACUGGGAUUAAUGUACGCACUACCCAGAAUUAUGUUAAAAACUUAUAACAAUGAUCCUGAGGGACGACUUUCAGGAUCUUAUUCUUAACCUUAUGAAAGAUCUCGUACUAAGUUGACUGAGGAUCAUUCUAAAUUUCUAGUUGGCUAUAUCGAAAAGAAUACUACUGCUAUAUUAGACCAUAACAUUACGUUAAUGAAACUUGAAAAAAUAUUAUGGAUUUUUCUAAAAAUUGUGCUUCUAUUGAUGAAGCAGGUUUCACUUUACAUACACGAAGAAACCAAGACCCUUCAUUAAAAGGCACACCUGCAAAGAGCACUGUACCAACUGGAAAAUGUGUUACAUUUACAAUUUUAGGUGCAAUUUCCCAAGCAUGUAUCAUAAAUGUUGGAGUUAAGACACCAGAACCAGCAUCUUCUAAAAAAAGGAGG